UUUAUCAAAGAUGGCAGCGGCAGCGCCCCGCGCGGAUGUGACGUUGCUGACCCGUUCAUCGCACUCACGAGGCGGAGGGAGCGGGCGCGGAGCAUGGCCGUGCCGAAGCAGUCGCGCAAGGAGUUGGUGGCGGCGAAGGCGCAGAUCGACCCCGCGUGGGACCCGGAGCUCAGCGCCGGGCAGCGCCACCUUGCGGAGCACCUGGAGGAAGCGCAGCGCGUCCUGAAGCGCCGGUCCGGGGGCCGCAAGGCGGUGGUGGUGACCGUCCUCGGCGCCCUCGCGCUCGGCUUCUACGGCUACGUUUUCCACUCGGUGUCCCAGGAGUGGUUCUUCGGCGACAGGGAGGAGGCGGCGGCGGGGGCGGACCGGGAGGCCAAGAGCGCGACCAGCUGACCCGGCCCGCAGCGCACUGAGCCGGAGUCUCCCAGGACUGCAUUGUGGGGGGCAGUGGUGGCAGGGGCCUGGCAGUGCCUCGCCAGCCCUCUUCACCCCUGCCAGUGGCACCGCUGUGCACCCUCGCCUCUGUGCGCCAGGACUGAGAGGGUCACUGGGUAGGUUGGACUGGGGCACCAGCCCUUUUCCCUGGCGCACUUCCUGGUCUCUUGCUGAGCCACAUCUGCCCGGUGGUCCCCACACACAGCCCGGGGUGGGCAUGGUGGUGGGGCUCCAUGCUGCUGCGCAGGGGGACUGGGGGCAGCCCACCUUUGUAGGGAAAGGGGCUUAGUUGGGGCUUCACCUAGCCCAGGAUGGGGUGGGGAUGACCAGCCCAAUCCUGAUCCACUUGUAUAGGGGAAGGGGCUUGGCCAGCAGAAGUGACCCUGUUGCACUGUGGGGAAAAGCCAGUGUGAGCACCCCUUCCCUGCAGAGAGAGGUUGCUAAGGAGCUCUUGUCCACAUUGGCCUCUGCCCAGGGGAAAUGCUGGCAAGAGGAGACCUAAGCCAGGUGCUGGCACAUACCACUGCCUUCUGUAUCUGUAAUAAAUGCUUCUGUGAAAGGA